AAUUAAAUCAAUCAAAAAAGAUAAUAAAAUCAAAUAUUUAUCUCAAAACAAAAAAAUAACAAUUUAAAUUAUUUCUAAAUACUUCACACACACUCAGACAUAUAAUUAACUUCAACCAAUCCUUUGUUAAAAUGAAGAUCUCAUCCCUUUCUAGUAUCAGAAAUUUCUAAUCUUAAAACAGUAUGAGCUCUAUGGAUACGAUAGACUCUCCUAUCUAAAUUAUUGAAAAGAAGCACAGCAACAUUAAGAAAGUUUCUUCCCGUCCUUUAAUUAACAGUAUCAUUUCAAAGGAAGACCUCAGAUAGGUCAUUGCUAAUGAAAGCUAUUCUUGUAAAAACUCUCUCCGUCGCUUAAACAGCUAAAAUUUGAGUGACAACAAUAGCUCAGCUGGUGUUGCCAUAAAGAGUGAACGUAACAUUGCUGUCCCAGUCAGAGUUAUUUCUUAAUAACAUUUAUAAAAGCACAGCUACUAAAACUAAGCUGCUCCUUUAGAAGUUUUUCUUGAUUCUUCUGCUGAUGAAGACAAUCACCCUCAUGUCAUGGCUCCUUAAAAUUAUCACCUUUCACAAUAUGCUAAUUAACAAUCUAACUAUUACGUUGUUAAUCAAGAUAACGAAAGUGAAUGCGAUAGUGAUAGCGAUGAACACAAUAUUUGGGAUAAUUCUGAAGCUUAAAAUAUGGGAAUCAAUAUCGAGAAUUCCGAGGUUCCUUAUGAAUUUUGCCAACUCUUCUACAUUCGUUCAUAAUUAUAUCAAGCUAACAGAAUAAGCAAAACAAACAUUCUUGAUGAGGUUUAGGUCAUUUCUAACAUGUGCAAAAAGUAAAUGAAUGUCCUCAAAUCAAGUAAACUCAUAGAUUAAUUAGAAAUGAAUCACCAUAUCAGUCUUAGAAAGAAUUAAAUGCAACUCUCUAAGCUUAAACUUCAAAAAGAGUCUUUAUCAAAGCCAAUUGCUAGCUAAGAAAUGUCUUAAAGCUAAAAACAAACCCCCAAAGCUUUCAGAAUCUCUCAAAAUAAUUUAUUCCACACCCCAAAUAAACCCUCUAAAUAAUGUUCUAUUCCAAACAUCCCUGAAGAUAUGACAUCACCAAUUUAUCACUAAGGACGUCAUAAUUUGACAAAAUCAACAAUGAAUUUAAAAAUGGCCUCCUGUGAAACACUCCCAAUGAAAAUUUCUUCACCAAACAACAAUAGCAAUAACAUCAGUAAAAUUAAUACACCCACUACAGUAAGAAAAAUUAACUUAAAAUUGAACAUUUCAAAAAACCAAAGACCUGCUUCAAAAUUAGGCCAAGAAAGAUAUGCUGCUAUCAGCAAACAUACAAUCUACAAUUGCUUAAGUAAAGCUUUUAGUCACUCUAAAUUCCAUCCCUUAUAAAAUGAAAUCAACGUUUGAAAAAAAGAAGCAAAUUUUUUUGUAUGAAAGCUAGACAAAAAACUAAAUAAUAAUUAACUACCAAUUACUAACUAACAAACUAACAAUUUUUGAAAGCAACAAGUCUCUAAAAUAAAAUCUCUACUAAUUAAAAAAUACUAAUUUAUUUUUAAAAAAACUCUACUAACCAUUUAAAAUAAAACAAAUUAAAUUAACUCUCUCUCACCCACCUACCCAUUUAUAAAUAAAUAAACAAAAAAAUAAUUAAAAAACAAUCGCACAUACAAUAUAAAACUCAAGUUUUCAAAAAUAUAUUACAAAAACCCUCUAAAAUUAUAUUAGUUAUUUGCAAUUAAAUUUGUAUAAAAUACUCUUGAUUUAUAUUAGUUUACAAAAAUAUUAAUCUUCAAAACGAUUAUUUC